AUCAAAACAAACCAUCAUCACAUCCUGUCCAACAGGUAACUGGACAAAAUCAUCGAAAUUCCAAUCUGAAUAAAUCUCAACGUUCAAAUCAGUCAUUGAUUAAAAAGAAACAUCCAAUGGUAGAUGGAAAUCCACCAGGUGCACCGACAAAAUCUAAAUCAUUCUCUCAUAAAAAUUCAACUGAAAAGAAAAC